AUCAGUGCUACGUGGACAGGAAGAAGCGCCGUCAGCUCGGCGGAGGGGAGAUUUUAGGCUAAAUUUGGUAAACAGAGCCGGAGGACGCUUGGAGAAAUUAGCGAGAUGUAGGGUUAGGAGGAAUGGCAGCGGGCUGUUUUAGUUUUUUACGUUGUUUUUACUCGGUUGAGGUUUUUUUUUAGGUAUGGGGUUCGUCAGUAUGGAGCGCUGUAUUGAGUACUGUUUGUUGGCCAGAAAGCUAGUUAGCUAGCUAGCGGGCUAAUAACAUUAGCCGGCUAGCUAACUAACUAGCUAACUAACCAACUAACUAACUAACUAAACAGGCUAAAAGUGGCAAUAAUAGAAGUUAGCUAGGAUAGUGAACCAAUGCUAAUAAUCUGAAUUAUCGCUCUUUCCCUGCUAAAGGAAACACAGCUGGUUAGCUAGCUGGCUGGUAGAGGGUAAAUAUGAGCUGGUUUAACGCCUCCCAGCUGUCCAGCUUUGCUAAGCAAGCUCUGACCACUGCUCAGAAAUCCAUCGACCGAGUUCUGGAUAUAAAAGAAGAGGACCAGUGGGGAGAGGGCAUUACACCUACAUCACACCUAACCGAUUUACCCAGCAACCCUGUGUCCACAGGAUGGGGAAGGAAUCAGUGGGAUUCCCCCACAGAGGAAUGCCCAACGACUCUUCCCGCCUCGUCAGAGGCCAUCACCAAGCCUGUCACUCGCACUGUGGUUGACGAAUCCGAAAGCUUCUUCAGUGCCUUCCUGUCCCCUGGAGACAUCCAGACAGUCCAAAAGCCUCUGGUGGUGUCUGUGGCUCCGACCAAAUCUUACCCUCGAAUACAGGAGAAAGCUGACGAAGAGAUAAUACCUGCUGGCAAAGACGAUGUGGACUCUACCAUACUUUCUCAGCCAGAAUCGGAUACAUGUGACGGCAUGGGACCAGAAGAGACCAAGCUGGUGGAGGUCAUACUGAAAGAACUAGAGCCGCCACCAGUUAGUGUACCACAGCAAUCACUUUCAGCUAGUAUUCCACAACUGGAAGAGUCUGUUGUUCUUGAGCCAUUGAUUGCUCAAGAGCUAAUGACUGAACCGGAGCAAGUUGAGAACAAAACUGAAGAAUCUGAGGAGUGUGAGGAGACUGAGGAUUCCAGGCUAACUUUGGAGGUCCCGCAAGUGGAUGCACCAUCGCCUAUAGAGACAGGACCAGUGGAAAACACUGGUAAUUCUGGUCCUACAGGGCCAAAAAGCCCAGUCAAAACUCUUUCAGGCCCGCCCAAAGACAUUAUGUUGGACUCCAAAGACCCUAAAGCAGAAGAUCGUCAGAGUGACACCCCAUCCCCUCCAGUUAGCGCUUUCUCCUCUGGUACCUCCACUACCAGUGAUAUUGAGGUGCUGGACCAUGAAAGCGUAAUCAGCGAGAGUUCAGCUAGCUCAAGACAGGAAACAGCUGAAGCUAAAGCAGGCCUGCAUUUGAUGCAAGGCUCCUUCCAGCUGCUGUCUGCCUCAGCCUGCGGUGAUUUCCCCCGUCUGGACGACUACCCAAAGCUGACGGAAAGCUGCGGGUCUUCUUCAGAUGCAUUCGAACGCAUUGACUCCUUUAGCGUCCAGUCGCUGGACAGCCGCAGUGUCAGCGAGGUCAACUCGGAUGACGAGAUUCCCGGAAAUCGCACACUGGCAUCGGUCACCGCCGGGCCCACCCCUGUUUCCCCUGCCCUACUGUCACCACCGACCAAUCAGGAGCAGGAAGAGGCCGAGUUAGCAUUGACAGACUCUUUAAAGGACCAAACACUGGAGGAGAAUGAUAUGGAGGAAAGCGGCCGCAGUGCAACACCGGUAAAUUGUGACCAGACAGAAGAAUUACAGGAGGUGGAGCAAGAGUCUGGCUCAAAUCUGACCCUGUCUAACUUAAGAACUGACCCAGAUGAAGCCCUGACCCCGCCCAUAACCGAGGAGCAAAAAGGAACCUCAAGCUGUGAACUACUGGAGCUUCAAAAGGUUAUUAGCGAGCUCACGAGCAGACUGGAGAAAAGAGAAGCUCAGCUGCUGACCGUCAGCAAGGACAAGGCCCGUCUAGAGGAGGAGUGUGAUAACCUCAAAGAUGAGGUGAUAAGCCUGAAGGAGGAGACCUCCAGCGUGCAGUCCCUGAAAGACGAGUUCACACAGCGAAUCGCAGAAGCCGAAAGGAAAGCUCAGCUCGCCUGCAAAGAGAGGGACAUCGCCAAGAAGGAAAUCAAAGGCCUUCGAGAAGACCUGUCAACGAGGUUCAACUCCAGUGAAACCCUAGAGCUGAUUAAAGACAAGGAGGAACAGAUCAGAGGCCUUCUAGAGGAAGGAGAGAAACUCUCUAAGCAGCAGCUCCAGCAUUCCAACAUCAUCAAGAAGUUGAGGGUGAAGGAGAAGGACAGUGACACGAAGAUCACCAAACAGUCCAAAAAGCUUAAGGAGCAGGAGGAGGAGCUUAAGCAGCUGCAGCAGGUGCUGGAUGGAAAGGAGGAGCUGGAGAAGCAGCACAGAGAGAACAUUAAGAAGCUGAACUCUGUGGUGGAGCGUCAGGAGAAAGAUCUGAGCAGAGUGCAGACUCAAAACGAGGAGCUCCAGGAGAAGAACCGCAGCCUACAGGCCACCUUGGACAGCUGUUAUAAGGAGCUUGCAGAGCUGCAUAAGGCCAACGCCACGAAAGCCAGUGAAGCCCAGGAGUUGGCUGUGAGCCGGGAAGUUCAGGCCAAGGAGGAGCUCAGCCUGGCGCUGGAACAAGCCCAGGAGGAGUCCCGCCUUCAGCAGGAGGCUCUGGCCAAUCAGGUGGCGGACCUGAGGCUAGCUCUGCAGAGAGCUGAACAGCAGCAGGCCAGAAAAGAGGAUUACCUGCGUGAAGAGAUCAGUGAACUCCAGCAGAGGUUGCAGGGGGCAGAAACCAGGAACCAGGAGCUGAGUCAGAGUGUUACCUCUGCGACCAGGCCUCUCCUCCGGCAGAUCGAGAACCUGCAGGCUAAUCUGGGAGCCCAGACGGCAUCCUGGGAAAAACUUGAAAAGAACCUCUCGGACCGUUUAGCUGAGGCUCAGGCCCAGUUGGCUGUUGCUGUGGAGAAGGAGCGCUCAGCAACCGAGGAGCUCCUCGCCAUCAAGGCUCAGCUUGCCUCGCUGGAGUCGCAGAAUUCCUUACUGCGUCAGGAGAAAGGGCGUCUGCAGGGCCAGCUGGAUGCUGAGAGAGCUCGGCGGGAGAAGCUGGAGGAUGACAGCAGCAGGGAACAUGUGGAACUAGAGAAUCUUAGAGGAGAACAUACGCGAGCCCAAGAAGAGUCCAGAAAAGAGAAGCUGCUGCUCACCAACCAACUUGAGAUGGAGAAAAUGAAGGUGGAGCAGGAGAAGAAGAAAUGCUACCUUGCACAAGAGGCCCUAAAGGAAAAGGAGCGCAAGGCUCUAAGUGUGUCUGUAGGCGAGGCUCCUCCAUCCUCCACCCCAUCUCUCUCUCGCUCCAGCUCUAUCAGCGGGGCUGACCAGGGUGGGCUGCACACCUCAAUGCUCUCUCAGGAAGACUGCCUGGACCACUCGUUUGGUACGAUGACCAUGUCUCUGAGUGGGAGCAGCCUGUAUGAGGCAGCACGCCUGACUGGAGGCUCCAGCAUCAUCGAGAACCUGCAGUCCCAGCUCAAACUGCGGGAGGGAGAGAUUGCGCAACUCCAGCUGGAAAUCUCCAGUCUAGAGAGGAGCCGUGCGGUAAUGGCAGAAGAACUGGUCCGGCUGACCAAUCAGAACGACGAGAUGGAGGACAAAGUUAAGGAGAUUCCCAGACUCAAAGUGCAGCUCAAAGAUCUGGAACAGAGGCACAACACCAUCCUGCAGAUGUACGGAGAGAAAGCAGAGGAGGCUGAGGAGCUGCGGCUCGACCUGGAGGACGUCAAGAACAUGUACAAGACUCAGAUCGACGAGCUUCUCAAAAACCAGAAAUAGACUGGCACUCUUUCUCUCACACACACACCUCACUCUCAUACACACACACACACACACAUGCUGUCUCAGUGACAGAUGACAGGACGCCAAGUGCAUUUACUGUAGAAAAAAAACUCUCUUUCAGUGGGAGAAAGCAGAAGGUUUGUGAUGUGCAAGAGACUCAUCGUCCAUCCAGGAUUUAAUUAUACAUAUUUUUCUCCUCUGUGCUCAUGUAGUUUCACCAUGGGGUAUAUAUAUACUGUAUAUAUGUGUGUAUAUACUCUCCUUAUAGCUAUUUAUGAAGUGAUUCCUUUUUGGGGUUGUUGAAUCUGACACUUUAAAUGUGAUUUUCUUUAAAAGAUAAUCAGUAGACUUGACUUACGAACAAAUAAAUAACUGUCUGUUAGUGUGGGCUUAUUUUUGGUGAGCUACUCGUGUGACAUAAGAGUUUCUGAGAAAUCUGGACUCGUAAAGUAUUUUAAAGUAAAAUAUUAUUAAAAUAUUUAAUGAGCGAAUAAACACACUGUUUCUGUUCAUACUUUACUGCUCAUACAUGCAGUCCAAAAUCGGUUCAUAAUCGGAUUAUUGCAGUUAGUCAAAAAUGUGAACAGUAUACUCCUUAACGACUUUUUAAGCUCUAACUGGACGGAAUUAGUUUCUCAGGGGGUCCUGGGUAAUUUUCUCUUUUAUGGGGGGUCCUCUGUGAUUUUAUUUCCGUCCAGAACGACCAUGUAUGUGUUUUUCUUAGACAUCCUCUGAGGAAAUUACAGACUGAAUUGUCUACUGUUUUUCGCUGAACUCAGUGGUCCUCCGUUAAUUUUAGUCCCGUCCAGACGCACAUCUCUGAGUUUCAUCACCUCUCGUUUAAUAAAAUAGCUAUUAGUCCACUGCUUCGCACCUUAAUUACACUUUGGCCUUGCGUUUCUGCGGAGAUCCAUGUAAAAACAUAACUGUGAGUGAAAAUGGAGGAGCUACUGAACUUGAUGUCAUGUGACCUAGAAAACAACAAAAAAAAACCUUGGUCCUCCUGUAUUUUCAAAUGCAUUCCAGAUGCAAGAGUUUUAUCACUGUGUAAAAGUGUGAAAUAUUUUACACAGACGUCCCCCUGAGAAACUAAUCCUGUGUGGAUAGGGCUUUAGACUAGAGAGAAAAAAAAAAUCUGAUAAAGUAUCGUUCAACACCUUCAGAGCUGAAACUAAAACUGAAAUUGUUUUAUGUCACGUCUAAUUCUAUGAGAUUAUUGGCUGGUUGCAAAAACAAAAAUCCGGAAAUAUUGCCUGACUCAUGUAAACUCAUGUAAAGUUUUCCCAAUAUCUGAUUACCAAAAUUCUCAGAAAAAUCUGGAUUAACCAGAUAAUGAAGUGCAUGUAAAUGCGUUGAGUCUCUGGUUGCUUUUUUUUUGUGGAGAACUUUUCUAAACUCAAACAUUUGAAAUGUAGUAUCUUACCAAAACACAAAUGGAAAAAUCUCAGUAUUAUUAACCUUAGGGGGACACAAAUCUCCAAAAAAAAGGGAUACAUGUUAAAUCCAGAAAAUUAAACCCAAUAGUUGGCAGUUAUUUGCACUAAACUCUGAACUAUUCUCUGCUGUUUUUUUUUUUUUUGUGCUGAGCUUUACUUCCAAUUCUGUGGAAACUGAAUACAACAAAUAGAUAGAAGCGGUACCAGACCUUUCGUACACUUCAUUAGGAGCUCAUCUCACCUACAGAGAGCUAAAAUAUAUGAUAAUUUGUUGCAAUAAUCAAUAAACCAAGGUUAUAUUGUAUAGGAAAAUUAUAUUAUAGUGUAGAAUUCAUUGGAAAAUCAAGUGGUAUGUAAAUGUUUCAACUAACUCCAAAGAUUAAGGCAUGUUUGGUGUCUGUAGUUUGCUUCUAUAGUUUGCCUGGAGGAUAAUUGGAGACAUAAAAUGGCAUACCCUGUUUUAACUCUGCAACACCACACUACACUCUUCUUAAAAACUAUAGUGCUACAGUAGUUUCUUUUUAGUGAUGCUAAUUUUCUUUAUGAAGCCAAAAGUGAUACUUCUAUGGCGGUGGUUCUCAAACUUUUAAGUGAAACACAACACAAACAUUACAUUUACAUUUAAGUCAUUUCGCUGACGCUCUUUUCCAGAGUGACUUACAAGGUUACUUCCAUUACAGAGUUGGGCCAAUGUAGUGUUGGGAGUCUUGCCCAAGGACUCUUAAUGGUGUAUCACAGUUUAGUCACCCAGACCAGGAAUUGAACCCCAGUCUCUCACAUGAUGUGGUAGCUCAUAAGCAGGCGGUGAUGUCAUCCACUGCGCCACACACGUAAUUAAACAAAGCAAGCUAGAUGUUGCUUCAACAUGUCAUUUAUGCUUUUAUUUCUAUGGUCGAAGGUUUACCAAUAGGUUCUAAUAACCCUAGUCUGUAAUCUAGAAUAGAUGUUUGGUUUUUGUUUCUGGUCAGUGCAGUAUAUCUGCUGAGACGGCUCAAAAAUCUAGUAUAGUCCAGUAUAGUAAACUAAGGGAGUCUUUACACUUCAAGUCCAAAUAGGUCCAAAGGCUGUGCCCUGUUCUGUCCAGCUAUCCAUUGAACCCUAAAACAGGGAUUUUUAAAAAACUUAAAAACCCUAAACACACUCUUAAACCCUAAAACAGGGGUUCUCAACAUGUCUCAGCCCAGGACCCACAUUUUCUCAUGGUCAUUACCAUUACCAGUUACGACCCACUUUUAUAGAAUACAAACCAAAUCAAUGUAUUCUUGAAGAAUAGCCUUCAAAAACCCAUUUAUACCUACAUAUUCACGCAAAGUUAAUUCGAGAGCAAUGUAAAACAAAAUGGAACAUGACAACUAAAUGUAUAAAAUUACUACAACUAAAUUAAAUAUCAAAACUGCACAAAACAAAUGAGGCCACAAAAUUUGAUAUUUCAAUUCUCUGCAUAUCCCUGCAUUCAUAGUAAUUUAGUAAGAAACUCUUUCCCCAAUAAAAAAGACGAAUACAAAAUAUGAUGAGCAUAAAUUAUUUAUCUCAAGAUCAAGAUUCUGGUCCAUGAUGACGUGAUGAUUUCUUAUAUAAUAUGUUCUGGGUCACGUUGUCACUGUGAAUUUCCAACACGAAGGUCCUAGUUAGGUUCUACUGUAUUCAGAGUCAGAGUGGAAAGCUUGGUGUAGGGUAGGAAAAUUCUUAAAUAGCUUGAGGCAUUUAGUAUAAAAUUGGUGUUAACUGGCCUUUAAGUCUCAAAAAUCAUUCACCACACCAUUACACCACCAUGUCCUCCUGAAUUACUAGAUGUGGAGGUGUUCCUAAAAUAAAAAAAAUGUUUAGUGAGUCUAGACUGUAAAGCAAAAGAAGCAAAUUGGAGACACCAAACUGAAACCAGACUGAACUAAAACAACUUAAGUGAAUUCAGCUCCAUUGCAACUCCAUUUUUUAUUUCCUGUCCAGUUGUGGAAAUCUUCCUUUUCAUUUGCAGUUUCUGUGUAAAUGUGUAAAUAAAAUGAGAAAUAUCGACUA